AUGGCUGCUCGCACGCGUAUUUGGACAGGCCAAUCGCGUCACUACAUAAUAAAAUCUCUUCGUCGUCCCGGAAGGCGUAUUUUUUUAUCUAAAAAACUUCGUCGAAAAACUAUUCGGAGGAACGCUGAGUGUCAAUCAUCGGUUGAUGGCCUAUGGGCAAUACGUACGAUGGACCAUGUGGCGUGUACACACGAACGAUUAUUAAUCUUGGUAAACGCAAAUGGCGGUCCUGCUCUGACUGCGAUGGUGGCCGGGCAGUCUGCCAUUGCCACCACUCCAUCGGACGGCAAGACCCCGCCUCCCCCCGACACCGUAGAGUCUACGCACGAACCGUUCCACGUUGGCAGCACUGCAGACCGCGUUAUCCCGAGUCAACGUUGA